UGUAUUUCUCUCUGCUCUUGUUCUAUUUUUAGAUCAAAAAUCAAAACAAAUAGUAUACUCAAAUGCCGUUUCCAGCGGUGACCCUAGAAUUUAAGAGGAGAAAGUGACAUUUUAUAAUAUAUUAAAUCCAAGAUGAAGGAGAACGAGAGUUUGUUGGAAGGGCCAAAUCGGGUGUACAAGCCAGGUAACCACAACCCUGCUAUCAUUCAGUACAGAAGUCGAUUGGCAAGCCUUUCUGAAAUUGAUGUGGAACAAGUGAAAAUUGCAAAUUACGCUGAUACUGUCAAACAACUUGAUGCAUACUAUGGACAAGUUAAACGUCAGUUGCUCAGAUACCAGAGUUGCACAUCAGGGUUAUUUCCUCAAAUGAGCAGCGAAACCGAAGUUGCUGCAGUUCGAGACAGUAUUUACUGUGCAGUUGCAAUUUGGAGUUUAUAUCAAGCUUACAAAAGAAUUGAUGAUGAUCGUGGAAAAGCUUAUGAGCUUGGACAAAGUACUGUUAAGUGCAUGAGAGGAAUUUUGUUCUGUUGGAUGAGGCAGGCAGAGGAAAAAUUGGAAAAAUACAAAACAAACCAAUGCCCGGAACAUGCCCUUCAUAGUAAAUUUCAUUUAGAAACUGGACAACCUUUAGAAAAUGAUGAAGAAUAUGGUCAUUUGCAGCUUGAUGUUGUGUCUUUAUAUUUGUUAUUUCUUGUGCAAAUGAUCAUGUCUGGCCUCCAGAUCAUUUAUACAAUGGAUGAGGUUAAUUUUGUCCAGAAUCUUGUGUACUACGUUGAGAGAGCAUAUCGAACUCCAGAUUUUGGCAUGUGGGAGAGAGGCAGUAAAUACAAUGAUAACACUCCUGAAAUACAUGCCAGUUCCAUUGGAAUGGCAAAGUCGGCACUGGAGGCUAUAAAUGGCUGUAAUCUAUUUGGUGAUAAAGGAGCCUCUUGGUCUGUUGUUUAUGUUGAUAUUGACGCUCAUAGUCGAAAUCGAAGCAUUUUUGAAACACUUUUGCCUAGAGAAUCUAGUUCUAAGAAUACAGACUCUUCAUUACUUCCCACGAUCAGUUUUCCUUGUUUUGCCACACAUGAUGAACUUCUCUACAACAGAACAAAAGAGAAAAUUGUGAGGAAACUGCAGGGAACCUACGGUUUCAAGAGAUUUCUCAGGGACGGAUAUGGCACGGCGGUCGAAGACACCACACGCAGAGUAUACGAGCAAGGAGAGACCAAGGAGUUUGAAAACAUUGAAUGUGAAUGGCCAUUGUUUUUUAUCUACAUGAUAUUAGAUGGUAUCUUCAAAGGAAACGAUGAACAAAUAAAGAAAUAUCGUCAUUUACUACACCCUCGUCUGAAAGUUGACAAAUAUGGAAAUGCUGUGAUUCCCAAAUAUUUUUAUGUUCCCACUUUGUGCAUCGAAGCUGAACGAAGAGAUCCUUGUUCACAAAAACGCAUUCCCAGCGAUGAAGGUGAUGCAGAUAACCUAUAUCUACAUGGACAAGCUUUGUACAUUAUGUCAGAACUUUUGGUGGAUGGUUUGCUCCAUAUAAAUGAACUUGAUCCAAUCCGACGAUAUUUACCCUCUUACAAUCGACCCCGAAAGACUGGUCGCUACUCAGCAUUUCAGGGAAAAGCAGCUGGAACUGCUAAUGAUCUAGUUGUACAAGUUGUUCUCAUUGCUGAGAGUAUGAGGUUGCAAGCUAUGAUGGCUACAUAUGGUAUUCACACACAAACUCCACAUGAAGUGGAACCAGUUCAGAUUUGGUCACCCAGUCAAUUGGUCAAGAUUUAUGAAUAUCUUGGUAUAAGUAAAAAGCUUGGAUUAAAAGGCAGGCCACCAAGGCCAAUCGGAGCUCUUGGAACCAGUAAAUUGUACAGAAUUUGUGGUCAAACUGUGAUAUGCUAUCCCUUAAUAUUUGAGGUCAGUGAUUUCUACCUGUCUCAUGACAUGGCGCUACUCAUUGACGAUAUAAAGAAUGAGCUUCAUUUUGUUGGUAAAUAUUGGCGAAUGUCAGGAAGGCCCACUGUGUGCAUUCUUAUUAGAGAAGAGCAUAUGAGAGAUGUCCAUUUUAAGGAAAUGUUGGAUUUGUUAGCUAUGUUGAAGAAAGGAGAUUGUGAUGGUCUUAAAAUCAGGACAGGACGACUGCAGAAUCUAAUAUCCUCCUCUUGUAUUGAACACUUGGACUUUCUGCAUUUACUUUCUGCUGAUGAUUUACCUACUGUUGAAGCUUUCCAACAACUAGAACAUGCAUCAAUAGGAUACCAAAGUUUGACUGAUAUACCAAAAGCAAUCAUUUAUAAUGAGCCAACUUAUGAUUUUAAAGAAUUUCAACAUAGAUCAUCAAGAGACAUAUUAGAAGCUCUUAGUCGAACUGAUACCCUCCAUGGUCAAAGUCAGCUUUUAGGCAUUCUUUACUUUCGUGAAGGCCCUCAAUUUUGGACUGAAAAUGGUACCGUAAAAGAACGUUUAGAAAAACUGACAAGACAAGCUGGUGCUCUCAGGCACUGGUCUGUCGUAAGGUACUGUUCCAGUGUACUUAGGAAGUUGGUUGAUAGUAUAAGUCCCAACAUUACAUCCAUUCUUGUCUGUGGAAAACAGAUCACUGUUGGCGUGUUUGGCCAUGAAGAAGUUGUCAUAGAUAAGCCACUGACGCCAAGGGAAGUGGAGGCUAUCAUUUAUUCCAAGUGCCAAGAGCAUGAUAUAUACCAAGCGGUCCUACAACAGGAAAUCAUCCUCUAUGUGGGUCGCCUUAUAUCCACAACAUCCCACCUAUUUCAAGGAAUCCUGAAAAUAAGAAUUGGAUGGGUUCUGCAAGCUAUGAUAUUGCACAUGAAGUUCCUGUCUCCCAAUCCUCCAGCCUUAGAGAGUUUAUCCCCGAGUGAGCUAAGGAAAGUUUUGUACAGAGUGUUGACUUUAUCGGAAAAUGGUUCUAAUACAAAGUUGACCAUUCACGAGAGACGUCAAAUCGAGGGUGCGUUGUGCCGGGUGCCAAAAAACUUCUAUGAUCGUGUGUGGGAUAUAAUGUCAAGGACACCUGAGGGCAUUAUUGUCGAAGGUCAUCAUUUGCCUCAACAACCAACUUUAACCGAGAUGACUGUUUACGAUCUGAAGUUUGCCACAGAAGUGGAGAUGUUUUUAAGUAGAGUUGCUCUCCCCGAAUAUCGUCAAAUAUUAGUUGAGCUUAUAAUGGUUGUAUAUUUAAUCCUUGAAAGGAAUCCAGAACUCUCCUUCAAUACUACUAUUGACAUGAAUAAACUGGUUGAAGAAUCAUUUUUGAUGUAUCAGAAGGAUAAUGGAAUAGACAGAGAAGGUGACAUGACCUUAUUCUUCGAUUCCCCCACGACCAUCACUGCCAGUUACCUUGCACGUGCCGUCAUGAACCAUUUGCUGAAGUGUGCACCAGACCAAGGCUACUCUCGAGACCUCUGUAUCAUUUCCUGAGUUCAUUUUACAUUCUGUAAAUAUUUUUGUAAAUUAAUUUGUUUUGUGUACAUAUACCAUUAUAAAUUAUUUUCCUGAUGAGAAAUCCCGCUCAACAUAUUUAGCUACGCCCCAUGUCAAAUGGAUGAAUAUUUUAUAUAUAAUAUGGAAAUGCUUUCAUUGUAGGACUUAUCUGAUGUAUCAUUAUCGCUCAUCAAUUCUAAUCUAACGAGUGAUAAUGACACAUAUUUAUUUUUAGUAACACAUAAAAGGAAUUUCAUUAUUACUUUCUUUCUUGAAAUUAAAGAACUAACUCAAUCCAUUAUAAGUGACAACUGUUAAUUAUCUAUUUUAUGUUUGACACUGAAGUGCUUUCAUUGUUGGACUUUAUUCUAUUUGAUGUGAUGUAUCAUUAUUGUUCAUCAGUUCUAAUCUAACGAAUGAUAAUAACUCAUAUUUAUUUUUAGUAUCACAUAUUAGGAAUUUCAUGAAUACUUUCUUCCUAGAAAUUAAAGAACUAACUCAAUCCAUUAUAAGUUACAAUUGUCAAUUAUAUAUUUUAUGUUUGACACUGAAGUACUUUUAUUGUAAGACUUGAUUCUGUAUCAUUAUAGCUCAUCAAUUCUAAUCUAACAAGUGAUGAUGACACAUAUUUAUUAUCUGUAACACAUAUAAGGAAUUUUAUGUGAUUACUUUCUUUCUAUAAAUUGAACUAACUCAAUUCAUUAUAAGUUACAAUUGUCAAUUAUAUAUUUUAUGUUUGACACUGAAGUGCUUUCAUUGUAGGACUUGAUUCUAUUUGAUGUGAUGUAUCAUUAUUGCUCAUCAAUUCUAAUCUAAUGAGUGAUGAUGACACAUAUUUAUUUUUAGUAACACACAUGAGGAAUUUCAUGAUUACUUUAUUUGUAGAAAUUAAAGUACUAACUCAAUCCAUUAUAAGUUGCAAUUGUAAAUUAUUUUUUUUUUUGUUCACUAAAGGGCCAUAACUGCUUUAAUUGUAGGACUUGGUUCUAUUUGAUGUGAUGUAUUAUUAUCGCUCAUCAGUUCUAAUUUAACGAGUGAUAAUGACACAUUUAUUUUUAGUAAGACAAAUAAGGAAUUACGUAAUUAUCAUAUAUUUCUGAAUAAAAGCUGAUAAUUUUCUGAAAAUUUUCGAUAGCUGAAGUCGGGCCGCUGGCUUGUAAUCGAAUCCACUAACUUUAAAAAAUUCUAAGAAGGCAUUGCCAAUUGAAAUACUUCUCCUUUUGUUGAGCAUUGGCAAUAAUCAGUAAAUAUCUCAAAACGUAUUUACAAAAUAUAAAAAAAAACAUAAAAUUAUAGUUUAGAACAGAAUGCCUAGUUAUAAAAACUAAAAGAGAAACACAUAGAAAGAACAAUUUGAAAAGAAUGCUAUUAUUUAUUUAACCUCCUAAUUACAAAUUCAAUCGGUUCACGCUUUUUUUACUUUACAAGCGAGGGGGUGCCAAUCCAAGUACGCCUCUUUUCUUUCUUUCUUUUUUCUUCGUUGGCUCAUAUAUAAGUUUUGAAUUUUGAGUGAAUUUCUAAAUAAAAAGCUUUUUUCUUCAAUUUAUGGAUGGGUGGGCUUAUAUUCAGAAAUAUGUAGUACUAUGUUUUUCUAUAAAUUAAAGAACUAAAUCUACUCCUUAUAAAUUCGUAAGUUACAAUUGUCAUAGAAAUUUUUUCUUAAGUUCUUUAAAGUUGUUACUUGAUAAUUCAGCUUUAAUAUCAAAGCUGUGCAUUUAUCCAAUACCUUGUGAACUCUCUUCUUUUUGUUCUAGAACUUUGUGCAAUUAUUUUAAUAUUAAUUGUUUAGAUAUAGGUAUGUUUUUGCAUUAGAAUUUGUAUUUUAUUUUAGGAUGAGGAUUUUUGUUGAACUAGGAAAAAUUUAUUUGAAAAAUUUAAUGUAGUAUAAUUUUAGGAAAGUUUUUUGUUUUCUUUGCAUAAUUAUAAAAUUGAAAUCUAUAUAACAUCAAAACAUGUUUUUAUUUUAUUUUGCACUUUUCCUUUUUCUCCCGUUUUAUGAAUAUUUCAACAUGUUUUUUUUUUUUUUACUUUUAAACAUAUUUUUACAAAUUGCUAAAUAUAGUUAUAUUUUCUAAACUUCUCUUAAUAUUGAUAACAAUUUACAAACAAAAUAUUUUCAAAAUAAUUUAGUUAACCGAAUAAAUAUAUGUUACUUUUAUUUUUUAAAUUACAUUUUGUCUUUUAUUUUAUAAGAAUACCUAGGUUUUUGUCUUCAAUUUAGGAUUUAAAAUAUCUGUUUUGAACAUUUUUUGAGUGUGCUCCCUUUUUCUUCCUUAAUUUCUCUUAAAUUCUAAAUAUUUCCAUAACCUAUAUAUUUUGAUUCCUGUGAUAACCAUGUAUUUUUACCUGUAUCCAAAAGUGUAUCUGGCUGCUUCAAUUAAUAAACUGAUAAUAUAUGCGGUA